UCAAGGAGUUUCACAAGAGCUUUGGCACUAGCCUUCAACGAGUGGCUACUCAUGGUCAUGCUCUUUGCUAACUCCAUAUUCACCUACGUGAUUACGAAGUUUGCAGAUUACUCCCAGCUUCAGUCUCCAUGUCUUAUAUGCUCAAGGCUUGAUCAUAUCCUUGGGAAGACAGAACAUUUGAAGAAAUCUCAGUGGGACAUGUUUUGCUCCAAACACAAAUCAGAAAUCUCGUCGUUGGUUUACUGUCACGCUCAUGGCAAGCUCGUUGACGUCCGUGGGAUGUGUGAAACUUGUCUUCUCUCUUUUGAUAAAACCAGUAAGUCCAAUGCUGAAAGUUACAAGUUAUUGGUUGGGAAGUUGGAUGACCAACCAAGCACAAGUCCAAGACACUGCACAUGUUGUAAUCAGCUGUGGAUACCACAAAUUGAUUCUACUGGUGAGGUGUUGGCUAAACCGGAAACACUAGCCAAGAUUGGUUUGGUUAGUGAUGAGAGAACCGGGAAACAGACUACUGCGUCCAAGAAAAGUGUCAGGUUCAAUGAUUUGCCUCAUGUUGGGUACACUGAGCUCAAGGUUCACUCAGAUACAGAACAAGAAGAUGUAUUUUCAGAAGAUGAAGGUGUUGCGGUUAAAGAAGAGGAUCAUAGGAUUCAAAACGUGGACCUGGAGACAUUUGAGAAGGUGUUGAAGGAGGAAGAAAUCAUUUCAUUAGAUGAUAGUUUUGUAACAUCAAGAGCCAUGGAACAUUCUGAAGCUGCUUUGGAGGAGAAAGAAGAUUUGAUUCAGGUCCAAGAUACUUCUAUAAUAUCAAAUUCUAAGGAAAGUCCUGCAGAUGCCUUGUUGGAGGUGAGUGAGCUUAUUACAGUCAAUGUUGUCCCUGAAAGAUCUGAGGAGGUGUUAAAGGAAGAGGAAGAUUUGAUUCAACUCCGAGAUAUAUCUUUAACAUCAGAUUUUAAGGAACUUCCUAAAAAUAUCUUAAUAGAGGAGUCAGAGCUUACAGGUACUUCAACAUCAGUUGCAGCUGAAACUCAUGAAGAUCUCUUAGUGGAGGAUACUGUUUUAGAGGAGAAAGAAGAGCUGGUUCACCUACAAGAUACUUCUGUAACACCAGAUUGUGAGGAAAGUUCUGCAGGUGCCUUGAUGGGGGAGACAGAGCUUCUUUGCAUCAAUGAUGUUACUACUUCAACAUCAGUUGCGGAUGAAACUUCUGAAGAUGUCUUAAUGGGAGAGACUGUUUCAAAGGAGAAAGAAGAGAUGCUUCACCUCCAAGAUACUUCUUUAACACCAGAUUUUAAGCAAAGUCCUGCACAUGCUUCAUUGGAGGAGGCUGAGCUUGUUUGCCUCAGUGAUGCUACUUCAACACCAGUUUCAGCUGAUAAUCCUGGAGAUAUCUUAAUGGGAGAAGCUAUUUUAAAGGAGGAAGAAGAGCUGCUUCACCUCCAAGAUACUUCUUUAACACCAGAUUCGAAGGAAAGUCCUGCAGAUGCCUUGAUGGAGAAGGCUGAGCUCGUGUGCCUCAAUGAUGUCACUACUUCAACAUCAUCAGAUUCUGAUACAAAUCCUGAACAUGUCUUAAAGGAAACUCAACUUAUGCCCCUCCAUGAAACAUCUCCAGAAGAGGUUCCUGAAUCAUUCACUACAGCUGAAACCCAUGUUGAUACAUCAAAGGAGAAGGACACAAACCAAGCUGAUAUGACCUCUCUGGAAUCUGAAUAUGUGGUUGUAUCACCUUCAAAAUCUACAAACUCUAUCCCUGAAGAUUCAAAUGAAUUUAACUGUGUAUCAGACAACAAGGAAGAAACAUCUCUUACAUUGUCUGAGAUGGCUUCUCACACAGAAGCUGCUCCUGAAUCAGAAUCCUCUUCUUUCAACUCAAUGUCAGUGGCAGCAGAAACAAACCUUGACUCAGGUGAGUGGACGCAAGGAGGUGGUGAGUUGCUUGAUCUUGCGGAUGCAUACAAAAACAUCAUUGUACACAACGAGAGUAAUAGAGAAGCACACAUAGAGCAAUGGAUGAGUAAAGACACUUCUAGAGUCAGCCAAGACCUCAAAGCACUACUCACUCAAAUCUCAGCUUCUCGUAUAAGCCCCAGGAUAUCUAUUGUUGAUCAGGAGACAAAGAACCUAGACUAUGAAGAUAUGCAGUUGCUGAUUCAAAAGAGAAUGCUGGAGAGAAACGAGAGCACCUUAUCAUUAGAAGGAGUUUCUGUGAGCGAGAUAGAAGGAGAAAGCGAGGUUGAGAGGUUGAAAAGACAGGUUGAUCACGACAGGAAGUUUCUCACCGGUUUGUACAAAGAGCUGGAGGAAGAGAGAAGCGCUUCGGCGGUUGCUACGAACCAAGCGAUGGCUAUGAUCACGAGGCUGCAGGAAGAGAAGGCGACGUUUCAGAUGGAGGCUUUGCAGAACCUUAGGAUGAUGGAGGAGCAAGCUGAAUAUGAUUUGGAGGCGAUACAGAAGCUUAACGAGUUGCUUGUUGAGAGAGAGAAGGUUAUUCAAGAUUUAGAAGCUGAGAUUGAUUACUUCAGGGGUCUGGAGAAUAAGAAGAUACAGAACUGUUUAACUGGUUUUGAUGAAGAGAGAUUAUAUAUCACUAGUUGUUUGGAGAGGAUUGAGAACAUGGUGCAAGAAGAUGUGAAUGGUGAGGUUCUUGUUGAUAACUUAGUAACACAAGAAUCUGUUACUGAGCUACGUGAGAGAGUAGAGAAGCUUAAGGGAGACUUUGAUUUUUUGGAGCAUGUUGUGAACUCUCUAGGGUAUGGGAGUGAAGGUGUACAAUUUGUUGAGGAAAUAGCUUCUCAUUUGCAAACCCUCAGCAUGAAAAGACAUAAUCAUACUGAGAGUUGAUGGGGCUUCUACCUGUAAACAAUAUUCAUAAAGAUAACUUUGUGGAGAAGAUAUUGUAAAGCAAUCUUAAAGAAAGCAACAGUGGUGUAAAAUCUUAAGGAAUUUGUACAGCACAUUCUUCGUGGCCUUUCCUAAUUUCGUAUAGAAUAAUAAUCUCAGUACUCUACAGUCUCCAGGAACGAUUCAUAUAUUUGGGUCUGGUGUGCAUAAUCACUUUGUAAGUUUUCACUUUCUUUGGGGUUUGUUUUCUAAUUUUAUGAUGUUUUCUUAUAGGAUUGAGUGAAUGUGUGUGUGGGGUGGGGGAGUAUUGUUCUGAAGUUCUCAUUUAAUAUUUUUUAAUUACUUACAUUGAUACAAAUAUGGUGAAAAAGCCUAAAGCGUUUGUUAAACUGAUAUUCCUUUGCAAAUGAUUUGUAAAUUUUCAACAAAUGAUUUGUAAA